CCAUCUACCGUAUUCCACCGUCAUAUUUCUCUCAACCUAUUUUUGUCUCCGCUGCGCCCAUAAAUUGCACAUUUGUGCCAUUUUUGAAAUUUGAUUCUUAGAAACCCUAAUUUCGUCGUUGUUUCAAUACUCUCUUCCUUGGAAAAAUCAAAAGGUGCUCGCAGGUGCAGCGUUUAGUUCAAAGAUUGUAAGCGAUCUUACAUCGUGAAUCAUUGAUAAAGUAACAUUUAUUUGUGAAACGUCACUGGUUCGUGUCUGAAUUGAAGAAGUGUCAUCACCAUGAGAUUGAGAAAGGGAAAUAAAGUGGAGAUCCGUGGCAAUGCUGAUGGGCUUACUGUGGAAUGGCGUUGUGCUCGUAUAAUUUCUGGUGAUGGGCACACCUACAGUGUCCAGUAUGACUGUUCUAGCACAACAAGCGGGGCUAGCACUGAGAGAGUUUCAAGGAAGGCCAUCAGACCAUGCCCCCCUCUUAUUAAAGGUAUUGAGAGUCAGGCAGCAAAUGAUCAUGUGGAGGUUUACAAUGCUGGUUCUUGGAGAGUAGCCACUGUCUUGAAAGUUAUUGGUGGAGACUUCUACUUGGUAAGGUUGUGGGUAUCUUGCAAGGAGUUAAAGGUUCGCAAAGUAAACAUGAGGCCACGUCAAUCUUGGCAAAAUGGUCAAUGGGUUGUCGUGCCAAAGGGAUCAGGCAAGUCUAGCUGGUGUUUGAUUUCAAACAGUUACAAGGAUCAACCUGAAAAUCAGUGCAGAAAUAUUUUUUCCCCAGGAUUAGAUGCCAGUGGUCUCCAGGAAUCUCGUCUGGCCUCAUCUUCAACAUUGAAGAGAAUGUCCCCUUACUCCUCUGUUAUUGAGGCUUAUCCCAGAAAAUUAAGGGCGGUUGAGAAUAUGGGUGAGUGUGAAAGGUUCAAAGCUGUAACCACAGCCCCCUUGCUGCAAAAGGUAGAUGCUGUUGCUUACCCACAAAAUAUUAUGGGUGAAAAAUGCAUGCAUACUUCCUUUACUAAUGGUACCAACCAAUGUUAUGAAACAGGAAAGGUGAAUCCUUGUAAUGUUUCAACACACUUUUUUGAGAGAAUUGAAGAACCUGAUUAUUCUUGUAGUGAUCUGAGUUCAGUUGGCAGUUGUAGUGUGAUAAGUAGUAACUCAAAUAAAUUUUCCAGUGAUACUUUAGCAGGUCCUUGCCAGGAAGAAGAUACCCUUUACAGUGAUGCAGAAUCUCUAGAUGUUGGAGAUGUGGAUAAAGGAGGCUCCACUUCUCCCAAAGAGGUUGUAGCAGAAAUUAUUCAUAGGGCCAGUUUAGGAGGCUUGCAUGCCUUGCUUCCAAUGGCCAAGUAUGAUGCUAGGUUUGCUUCUUCUCUCUCUGCAAACUAAUUGGUGAUGCCGACCAAUAAUUUUCUUUCAGAGAUAAGAAAUUUCUGACCACUGUUUUCUCAUUGUCAUUCAUGCCAGAACAUGAACUUUCUUAUUAGCUGUGGACAUAAUCCUCUCAUGGAAGAUCUUCUCAUAGUACAAUACAGAUAAUGGCAAUUUAAUUCAUUUAUUUGCAUGCCAUGUGGAUUAUCUUCAGUGUUACUUGAAUAUGUUAUCCUGUCAAUUGAAAAAAUAAGUGAUGCUAGGAUGUUUCAGUAUGUGUUAUAUCAGGGUAGUUAAUCGCACUGGAUUUCUGUCACAUGGCCUCCCCAUGAUGCAUAAGCAGAUGUGUGGUGUGUUGACAUGGCAGCAAAUUGCAGCUGCAAUAGUGCUUUGUAGCCAUUACUCCAGACCGGUAAAAGUCUUGAAUUGCCUCCAUUUUUGCAUCAUUUACCUAGUUAUUUUAAGGUCUUUUGGUCAAUUUGUGUAAUGUUCUCUCCACUCUCCAAUUCCAGUCCAUCAGUGCCUGCCAGCUGUCCUGCCUUGUUCUUGUGUGCGUGAUGUAUUGUGCAAUUUCCAUUUCAGUCUUCUGUUUUCACAGAUCCAUGCCCUCCUCUGUUCUGCCUUAAAAAUGAACACCACUGUUCAUUUCAGUAUUUCUUUUCUUAUUCUGUGUGUAUUUUUGCACUUUGCUGUCCUACUGCAAUUGACUAGGUAAUUAUGCCUUAAAUAUACGGCAAAUAUGCACUACAAAUUACUUAUUUUUAAUGUACAUAAUUUUUGUUAUACCGAUUAUCACAUUAUUUGGUGCCUUGUUAUAUCGUUUUUUCAAUUGGUCACAUGGUGUCUCUAGUUAUUCAUCACUUUGUUUGGCUUGGAUCUUUAGAAUUUAAAUUAGUUUUAUCAACAUUGCUUACUCAUUUGUUUGUCUCCGUUGUUAAAGUGCCUGCUUUCUUUUGGAAUCUCCUCUCCUGACAUAUUUGAAAUUGGCAUAUAGGACAUGGCUCGCAGUUCUUGGGUGGAAAUUACUUCAAUAGAGAAUAAUUUUGUGCUGAAACUUUUACUGUAUCUAAGAAUUUAUAAAGAAACAUGGGAAUAGGCAUGCACCCAUUUUACUCAAUCAGCUCCUUUUUUCUUUUCUUGCUUGAGCUGUUUCAGUGCAUGCAGGUGUCUUGUCAUAAGUUCAAAAUGUGUGACAUCUCUCCUUAGCCACUCUAUUAUCAAACAUACAAAUGACUAUUAUUAUCUUAAUUUGAGUUCUUAUAUGACACAAUAGUGUACUUUUAUUUAUUUAUUUUUAUCAAGAAAAGUGUUGAACUUCCAUUGAUUGCUUUGACAUGGAGCAUCAUUUUUAUAUCAGUUCUCAUUGAGGCUAAAUUUAUGUUUUUUUAAUCUCUUGUUUUAUUGAUUUCGUCUCCACUUUGUAGGGUUUACAGGAAUGUCUACUGAUUGCUAAUAAGAUCCGUUGAUGACAUUGUGUAAACCUUGCAACCUUAUUAUCAUUGUGAUUCUUAACAGCCUAUUUUGAAAUGUUAUAUGGAUGAGUAAAUAUCUUGUCUAUUAAAAAACAUAGUUCCCUCUAUUUUAAUCCAAUGCUGUUUAUUUUUUUUAUUGUUAAAUUCAUUUAGGCUUCUGGCUGUGUACAGUUUUGGUCGUGGAUACUGUGUCUCAUUAUAUUGCUACUAUUGCUGGGCUGAUUAAUCUGUUGACUUGCAUAUCAAAACGCUUGUGGAAAGUAAGUACCUGAGAAGAUGAUGCGAAUAAGCAACUCUGAUGUAGUUUGCCUGUAUCUGCGUGUGUAAAGUCUGACUUGUUUUCCGUAUUUGAAUUCUUUCUGAUCAUGUUACGAUGCAAAUAAUCAAUUUUAGUCGUGUACGUAAAACUGAAUGUUUAAAUUAAUGUGCUGUUGUAUCAAUCACAACAUAAUCUCUACACUUUGCUUUCAGUAAUGAACUUAUCCGAUGCUGAUAGUUGGCCUUAAUCAGAAAUUCAGCGCAAGAUCGACCUUAUUAUUUGGUGCAGACUUUCUAUUUCGAUAGUUGCCAAGCAUGUGACACCAUUAGUGGUUCUGAUUUAACUAUUAUUUUUCACAUUUCCAAUUUCUGGCUUGUAAGUUGAGUUUGUAUUAUCUAUUUUGCUCUGUUUCAUAUUUUCUUUUAUGCAAUUGAAUAACGUACCAGGUCUUCUUCAUCCAUGUUUGUUUACCAAACAUUUUCAACGAUAGUGCAGUUUUGUUGUUCAUUGUAGACAAUUGGGAUUUUUAGAAUCAUUUGACGUCUGUAUACAGGAAAUUUCUAUGGAGCAGUUAAA